AUGUCCAAAGUUAUUGCAGUAGCAGGCGGUACUGGCAGCGUUGGCCGCACCAUCGUGGAUGAACUAGAGAAGUCUUCUCUUUACAAUACCAUUGUCUUGGCCCGCAAUGCAAGUUACGGAAAUUUCAAGGCUUCUAAUGCUGUAACUGAGAUUCGAAAGUCUGGAUUGGAAUGGACUCGAGUCUCUAACGGCUACUUCAUGGAUUACUACGGAUAUCCUCACGUCAAAACGUAUUUGAAGCCGCUCUCUUUCGUGAUUGACGUGAAGAACAAGGCUGCUGGCAUCCCUGGUUCUGGAGAUGAUGUUGUUGCUUUCACUUAUACGGCCGAUGUGGCCAAAUUUGUCGUUGCAUCUCUUGGGCUGCCCAAGUGGGAGGAGAUCACUUAUUGCUAUGGUGAAAAGUCAUCCUACAACAAAAUUCUUGCCCUUGCAGAACAAGCUCGUGGCACCAAGUUCAAUGUUACCUAUGAUCCGGUUGAGAAGCUCAACAAGGGUGAGGUUACAGAGUUACCUUCCCACCCUGCCAUAUAUGCCAUGGCACCAAAGCAAGUACUCCAGGGAAUCUUUGCACUGUUCGGCAAGUGGAUCAUCAACGGAGACUUUGACGUGCCUGAGGAUCUCAGCUUGAACGCCAAAUUUCCCGACAUCAAGACGACCAAGCUGAGUGAGAUCGUUGGGGCAUGGAAGGGACACUAA